AUGCUGCGCCCAGCGACCCCCUUAUCCAUACUAUUCUUCGUCGCCUUCUGCCUCCUGCUGCUGUCCACGCUGUCCACGCCGAUUAUUAAGAGCAUCCCUCUCGCUACUUAUCGCGGCAUUCACUUUGGCGUCCUGGGCUACUGCGACAAUGGAGACUGCAAAGGGCCCAUGGUCGGCUACAACACGGAAUCGCUAUUCCAAGAUGCACCGGCUACAGACUUCUCACUGCCCUCCGCCCAACGGCAUGCGCUCUCGUCCAUUCUCAUCGUCCACCCGGUCGCUGCCCUCAUGACACUCAUCUGCUUCGGCCUCGCUAUCGCCGCCCACUUCCACUCACCAGCUCACUCGCCACGCUACCUGCUCGCACUCUUGAUCUUUACAUUCCCUACCCUACUUGUCACUCUGCUCGCUUUUCUAGUGGAUAUCCUACUGUUUGUGCCACAUGUGGCCUGGGGUGGCUGGAUCGUGUUGGCAGCCACCAUCAUCAUCGUCGCAAGCGGCAUAGUGACCUGCGCAAUGAGGCGCACGCUGGUCAGCCGCAAGGCACGCAAGAGGCGCAUUGCCGAGAACGACGAGAUGAACGGUCAGAGCUACUAUGCGAAUCGCGCCAACGCUGCAGCAGUCGCCUCCGACUUCCCCAAGGCUGAGUCGCCCCCGCCGCUGUCUGGUGAUACCAUUAUGGCUGGGAGCAAGGGCAACGACGCCGCCUAUUUCGAGUCCCAGAAGCCGUCUCCGCCUGAGGACAUGACCCCAUUGAACCAGCGCAAUCCAUCUCUCAAGACGGUGAGCAGCAAUGGAGAGGCCCGAUCGGAUAUCACAGCGCCACCCAUGCGUAGCCCUUCUGGACGUCGACAACCAGUAGAUCAAUACGGAAACGCUAUCCCACCCAUGCCCAAUGAUCCCUACAUGAUCAAUGCUGCUCCGCGUGGCCCGCCCAGCAGAGGAGGCCCACAGAGAGGCCGUGGAGGGCCACCACGAGGGGGGCUGCCGCGAGGAGGCCCCUAUGGAGGUGGAAGGGGAGGCGGAUAUGGUCCAAGAGGAGGCAUGCGAGGACCGCCACCACCUGGCUGGAACGGCGGUGGAAGGGGUGGUCGAGGUGGUCCAAUGCAAGGUCCGCCGCCUAAUGGGCGCGGCGCUCCUCCUCCAGGGUACAACAACUACAACAACAACAACCUCUACGGUCAAGGCAUGCCUCCAACCCGCGAGCAAUCGCCGUACAGACGAGGGCCUCCACCACCCGGACCCAUGCCUAUUGGGCAAGCUAUUGAAAUGGACAACCGGACGGGCACACCUCCGACAAACUACGGAUUGAGUGAGAGUGAUGGCGACGUUGCAGGCAUGUUGGCACUCCAGCAAGGCGGCUUUCCUGCCGGAGCACCGCAAAGACGAUUGUCUGACACAGUAAUGAGUCCGACUAGCGCGUACUCCGUUGAAGAGCCACAGUCACAGCGGCAACAACAGCAGCACAUGCCUAACCAGCAACAAUACAUGCCCGUGCGAGCGGGGUGGAACGGCCAGAAGAAUUCUUCCGACCAAACUGUCGACACCGUGAACAGCAGCAAUCGGGGGCUUUCGCCGAUUCAAGAACCCCCUGUCGAGCUCCCAGCACAAAUGCCGCACGCCGGUGCGUCGCCCUCUCAGCGUCUUGAGCGCAGUUCAGACUAUUACGAGGACGUGGACCCAAGAUUUGCCGAACCUGUGCAACACCAGCCACCUGCCAUGCCUCCAUCACUCAUGCCAGGCGGUUUCUCCGCAUCGAACCCUAAUCUCCUGACUGCUCCAAACCACAUCGACUCCAACCUUCCCCGCAAUUCAUCCUAUGACGACCUUCCAGAAGGUUCGCGCUCGCCAGCAGCCUCCGAGGCUUCGCAUUUCACUUCAGUAUCCCAACGUCCUGUGAACCCCAAUUGGAGACCGGAAAUGGGCGCCCCAGCUGGUCAAUUCGCUCCUUACAACGGUAACGGUCGAAGAGCAAUGAGGCCAGAGGAGGUGAUACUGCAGGCCAACGCAGCGAACCCCGACUUUGUGAUUCCGGGUCGGGGCAACGGCCGAGGACGCGGUCGAGGUGGGAGGAGAGUUGGCAUUGCGCCGCCUGUACCUGCGACCAUAAUGGGACCUGGGCCCGGCCUGACGAAUCAGUCAAGAUACCCUGGUGCUAGUGCUAUGUAG